AUGCAGUCCGGAGAGGAGGAGGAGGAGGCGGGCGACCUCUUCAGAGAUUACAAACCCCCCUCGCUGGAUUCCAUCCGCCUGCCCCGCUACGCCUUGUAUCUUCUGAUGGCUGUCAUCAUCGUGGUCGUGGUCGCUUACGCAAUGGUGGGUCACCUCAUCAACGACCUCGCACAUGACUUUGCGGGUGAGUGGCAGACCUCCUAGAAGCUCCCCCUCCCCCUCCCCCAAGUUGCUGGUCCUCAGGACCAGUUUGAGUUUGAGUGCCGUAUUUUCCGCUCCAUAAGACACACUUUUUUCCUCCUAAAAAGUAAGGGGAAAUGUCUGUUCGUCUUAAUAAUGAUAAAUAGCAGAAUGCAGGCACCCUAUAUAUAGAAAGGAGCAAACCAGGGAUAUUUUAGGGAGCAGGCUAGCAGGUGGGGCCCAUGACUUAUAUCCUAGAAGCCUAAAAAGAUAAAGGGACCCCUGACCAUUAGGUCCAGUCGUGGCCGACUCUGGGGUUGUGGCGCUCAUCUCGCUUUACUGGCCGAGGGAGCCGGCGUACAGCUUCCGGGUCAUGUGGCCAGCAGGACUAAGCCGCUUCUGGCGAACCAGAGCAGCGCACGGAAACGCCAUUUACCUUCCCGCCAGAGCGGUACCUAUUUAUCUACUUGCACUUUGAGGUGCUUUCGAACUGCUAGGUGGGCAGGAGCAGGGACUGAGCAACGGGAGCUCACCCCAUCGUGGGGAUUCGAACCGCUGACCUUCUGAUCGGCAAGUCCUAGGCUCUGUGGUUUAAUCCACAGCGCCACCCGCGUCCCGUUCCUAGGAGCCUACACAACACAAAACACUGUUGCUGGAUGUAGGUUUUAUUUUAUUUGUUUUUUCUCUUGUAUUUUGGAAAUGUAAAUCCAGGUUUUUUCCCCUUUAAUUUUUUGGGGGGCCCCCAAGAGAGUGGGGCCCUAAGCUAGAGCUUGUUUAGCUUAUCCGUAAAAACUGGCGUGCUCUGGUCCUUGGGGUCACAAAGAGUCGGACACGACUAAACAACAACAACAAAAUCCAGCACUGCGACAUACCCAGCUUUCUGCUGCCCAAAUCUGCCGGUUUUAAUUUUCUCUUUUCCCCCCCAUUGCUAGAUUGGGCCUUUGGCCCCAAACUGGAAGAGAGGAAGAGGCUGGAAGAGGCCUCGGACGGAUGUGAGAUUGCAGCCUUUCCCGACCAUCGCCUGGCUUGGCAAAAGGGUACCCCUUUCCCAGGGGUGGAGUGUGCGGAAGGCCGCAUCCUGCACCCCUUACCUGGGAUGGAGACGGGCUGUGCAUCGCCUCCAGCAACUGGCUGAGUCGUUGCUUGGAUCAGCUGGAGAGAUGAUUCCCCCAGACAUACUGGAUAUAUAUAUAUAUAUCACCCCUGGAUAUGAAUGUCCAGACUCCCUGUGACGUCUAUUUCUUUCCUUUCCUUUUUUCCCUGUUUUGUUGUUGUUGUUUAGUCAUGUCUGCCUCUUUGUGACCCCCUGGACCAGAGCACGCCAGGCACUCCUGUCUUCCACUGCCUCCCGCAGUUUGGUCAAACUCAUGCUGGUAGCUUCUAUAACACUGUCCAACCAUCCCGUCCUCUGUCGUCCCCUUCUCCUUGCGCCCUCCAUCUUUCCCAACAUCAGGGUCUUUUCCAGGGAGUCUUCUCUUCUCAUGAGGUGGCCAAAGUCUUGGAGCCUCAGCUUCAGGAUCUGUCCUUCCAGGGAGCACUCAGGGCUGAUUUCCUUCCGAAUGGAGAGGUUUGAUCUUCUUGCAGUCCAUGGGACUCUCAAGAGUCUCCUCCAGCACCAGAAUUCAAAAGCAUCCAUGCUUCGGCGAUCAGCCUUCUUGAUGGUCCAGCUCUCACUUCCAUACAUCACUACUGGGAAAACCAGAGCUUUUACUAUACAGACCUUUGUUGGCAAGGUGAUGUCUCUGCUUUUUAAGAUGCUGUCUAGGUUUGUCAUUGCUCGAUACAUGAAUAGUAUACCUUAUUUAUCUAAGAACACAGGCGGUUUUUAUUGAGUAUGCUUUGCGUGACCAUGGGUUUGUUUGUUGUCGUUUUGCUACUGUCAAAAUCUGGGGCAGCUGGCUUCCCUCGGAACGAGGUUUCCCACAGCACCACACAUGACAGGGCCUUUAAUGUUUAAUCCGGACCCACAAAGUACCAGCUGCCUUCGUGCCACCGCCGCAAAUCUGGAGCCAUCCUUCCCACUAAGUAAGGAGAUGGACUUGGAUUCCUGAACAGCAAACCCAACCUAAUUGGUGCUUUCCCAAAUGGUACGUGGGCAGAAAAGCAACCGCCCUUCAAAAUCUGACCCGCUCCCAGGUUUUGAGAUGCAAUUGUCCGGCGGAGCGAUGCGUACAAAAAUCCCAUCUCCUGCGGUAAAGUUCGGAAAGGCCUGCGUUGGUGGAAACAGCAUGCAAAAUGUGCAAGGGGAUGUUUUUUCAUAUGUUCUGGACUUGCAAAGGGGUAAAAGAGUAUUGGGAAAUGAUCCAUAACAAAUUGGGAGGGGAAUGUUUAAAAGCACUUCCCCCCCCAAAAAAAACCCAGAGUCCUUUCUCAAAACAAAACAAAACAAAAUACUGUAUUUUUCGCUCUAUAAGACGCACCAGACCACAAGACGCACCUAGUUUUUGGAGGAGGAAAACAAGAAAAAAAAUAUUCUGAAUCUCAGAAGCCAGAACAGCAAGAGGGAUCGCUGCGCACUGAAAGCAAAAAUUCCUCUUGCUGUUCUGGCUUCUGGGAUAGCUGCGCAGCCUGCAUUCGCUCCAUAAGACGCACACACAUUUCCCCUUACUUUUUAGCAGGGAAAAAGUGAGUCUUAUAGAGCAAAAAAUACGGUAAUUCCUUCCAGUAGCACCUUAGAGACCAACUAAGUUAGUUAUUGGUAUGAGCUUUUGUGUGCAUGCAUACUUCUUCAGUGUUAUGUACUGAAGUUCUCACCCUGGGCCAGCAGGGGGAUACUGUAGAUAGUUUUCACUCAGGUCCACAAAUGCAAAUAAGGGAUUGAAAGUGACGUUCAGUGAUUGGAUAGUUACAGAAAAUGGUUACUGUUGCGUUCUAGUGGAGCUCUAUAUAAGCAGGCUAGCUGAACCCUUCAGUUCAGUUCUGUUCUGGCCUGUGAAUAAACAAGAGCUGUUUGAAGAAUCGCUGUGUCGUCUGAUAUGUUCACCCACAACUUAACAUUCAGAUACACUGAAACAGAAGUCACCAGACCCUUAUAUAUUCAGUGUAUCUGAAGAAGUGUGCAUGCACACGAAAGCUCAUACCAAUAACUUAGUUGGUCUCUAAAGUGCUACUGGAAGGAAUUUUAUUUAUUUUAUUUUAUUUUAUUUUAUUUAUUUUGUUUCGACUACGGCAGACCAACACGGCUACCUACCUGUAACUAGAGUCCUUUCUGUUUGGCAUAAUUGAGACGGAAAUUCCCAGGUGUCCAAAAAAAAAAAGGUUGUUUAUGUAUGCCACUACUGCGGCCCGUGUUUCGCUAGCCCAAAAAACGGAAAAUGAGCGAGGUCCCAACCGAAGAAGAAUGACAACUUAAGCUGAUGUAAUAUGCUCAGCUUGCAGACUUAACAUAUAGAAUAAGAGAACAAGAAGAGCAUACGUUUAGAGAAGAUUGGAAAACGUUUAUUGGAUAUAUGGGAAAUAACUGUGUACAGCUGAAAACACUGCCAGCAUUAAGAUAAAUUUGACAGGGUAAAAAGCUUUGACUGAUGCAAUAAUGGAAUCCUGAACGGUAUAGUUUCUGUAUUACUGUAUUUUAAUAUUUGGUUGGAAGCUGCCCAGAGUGGCUGGGGAAGCCCAGCCAGAUGAGCGGGCUAUUAUUAUUAUUAUUAUUAUUAUUAUUAUUAAAAUGUGAAGGGAUUUAUGAUAUGCAAAAUGAACCAUGGAAAGAGAAGAAAGGUCAUGGAAAUCUUAAGGAUGCGUAAACGAGUGCUUCAAAUGGUAAAACGGGAAAUUUAAUAAAAGCUGUGUUUUAAAAAGGAGAAAGAAAAUAGCAUACGAAACACGUUGUGUUACGGGGAAUGGCUCUGCGGAGGGGAAAUGUGUAUAUUCAGAAGAUUUAAGAGCCCUCCAACUGUCGUAGAUGCUUUAGCUGAGAGUCCUGCCUGUUGAUGAAUUUGCUUGAGGAUUAAAAAAUAAUACAGUGGUACCUCAGGUUACAUAUGCUUCAGGUUACAGACGCUUCAGGUUACAGACUCCGCUAACCCAGAAAUAGUACCUCGGGUUAAGAGCUUUGCUUCAGGAUGAGAACAGAAAUCGUGCUCCUGCGUCGCGGCAGCAGCGAGACGCCCCAUUAGCUAAAGUGGUGCUUCAGGUUAAGAACAGUUUCAGGUUAAGAACGGACCUCCAGAAUGAAUUAAGUACUUAACCAGAGGUACCACUGUAAUUACAAACCAGUGUUGAAAUAUAGAGAGCUGGACUUAACAACUGGAAAAAGGAGAACCUGAGAGGAGAGGAGAUUUGAAUCUCAUUGCUCCUCGCCCAGCCACUCCCUUCCUGCCAGACUGGCACCGAUUUUCCUGCGGGUGGCAUGGCGCCCACAGAUCAUGUGAGGGUCAUAGUCCAAAUGCCAGGAACAGAUUGCUGUGCGCAGGUACGAAUGGUUGGGCAUGUGCCAGGCCAUUUAUGCUCCUCAAGGGACGCGGAUGGCGCUGUGGGUUAAACCACAGAGCCUAGGGCUUGCCGAUCAGAAGGUCGGCGGUUCAAAUCCCGGCGACGGGGUGAGCUCCCGUUGCUCGGUCCCUGCUCCUUCCAACCUAGCAGUUCGAAAGCAUGUCCAAGUGCAAGUAGAUAAAUAGGUACCGCUCUGGCGGGAAGGUAAACGGCGUUUCCGUGCGCUGCUCUGGUUCGCCAGAAGCGGCUUAGUCCUGCUGGCCACAUGACCCGGAAGCUGUACGCUGGCUCCCUCGGCCAGUAAAGCGAGAUGAGCACCGCAACCUCAGAGUCGGCCAUGACUGGGCCUAAUGGUCAGGGGUCCCUUUACCUUUUAGGGUGCAUACCGACCCACACGCCCCGAAUCUUCUUCCUGCCCUUCCUCCGUUGCCCUGGUGUCUCUGAGCAUAUGCAGAGUGAAAAGAGAGAGCAUGAGCCGAGUGAAGCAAAGACGGAGGGGAGAGGAGGAGGGGGACUUGCCGACGGCGUUUUCUGCAAGAGCCACCCUCCAGAAAAAUAAACUCGUCUUCGUUUCCUGGGGGUUUCCUGGACCCACUAAGGUCCCAGCACCCUCCCUGACCCCGACCCCAGAGCUAUCAUUUCCUUAGGAUGUCCCUAUUUUCAUGGGAGAAAUGUUGGAGGGGAUGGAAUAGGACGUCCCUAUUUUCACAGGAGAAACGUUGGAGGGGAUGGAAUAGGACAUCCCUAUUUUCAGGGGAGAAACGGUGGAGGGGAGGGAAUAGGACGUCCCUAUUUUCAGGGGAGAAACGGUGGAGGGGAGGGAAUAGGACGUCCCUAUUUUCACAGGAGAAACGUUGGAGGGGAUGGAAUAGGACGUCCCUAUUUUCAGGGGAGAAACGUUGGAGGGGAUGGAAGAGGACGUCCCUAUUUUCAUGGGAGAAACAUUGGAGGGGAAGGAAUAGGACGUCCCUAUUUUCAGGGGAGAAACGUUGGAGGGGAUGGAAUAGGACGUCCCUAUUUUCAGGGGAGAAACGUUGGAGGGGGUGGAAUAGGACGUCCCUAUUUUCACGGGAGAAACAUUGGAGGGGAAGGAAUAGGACGUCCCUAUUUUCAGGGGAGAAAUGUUGGAGGGGAUGGAAUAGGACGUCCCUAUUUUCACAGGAGAAACGUUGGAGGGGAUGGAAUAGGACGUCCCUAUUUUCAGGGGAGAAAUGUUGGAGGGGAUGGAAUAGGACGUCCCUAUUUUCAGGGGAGAAACGUUGGAGGGGAUGGAAUAGGACGACCCUAUUUUCAGGGGAGAAAUGUUGUAGGGCAAGGAAUAGGACGUCCCUAUUUUCAGGGAAGAAACGUUGGAGGGGAUGGAAUAGGACGUCCCUAUUUUCAGGAGAGAAACGUUGGAGGGGAUGAGACAGCCACAGAAGCAUGCGAAAGCAGAGCAGCUUGUUCCUUGCCCCGGCCCAACCCUCAUUCCAUGGGCAUCUCACGUGGAGGCAGAGCUGCCCGACGGAACUGCCAUUAUCAAAUGCACUUUGAUUCAGAGUCCAGAGUUACGCUUGCAAGCAAAGUAGAUAUCUCCUGUUUCACACACAUGAAUACAGAAACCAGGAAGGACAGAGCUGCCUCGCUGAACAGCACAUAUCGAAGCAACACCAUGGAGCUGUUCUCAUACCUUCCUCUGCUCCUGGGAAUUUUCUUUGCCCCUUGUGCCCACGGCCAAGGUAGGAGUGUGCCACGGUCUCCCCGGGAACGAAUUUGGUUCAGAUACAGGUGGCGGAACCUGUUCAGAAUCUUGCCAAGCAGAUCUGCACCUCCUAAUUCGUAGAGGCAGCGUGGCCUAGCGGUUAGAGCAUUGGGCUCCCCGGGUGUGACCGUGGGGGCCAGUCGGGAGGAUGAAAUGAGAGGAGCGGGUAUAUAGGCGAGUCCUCCAAUGGUAGAGGCUUGGGGCAUUGUCGGGGGGCGGGUGUCAGGGUGAAGGCCUUCUCUGUGGUGGCCCCUAAGCACCUUCAUUUUAUGGCUCCUGGCGGAUGUUGGAUGUGCCAUAUGAACCUACACGGACCCUGAGAUCAUCUUGAGGCCCUCCUUCGUGUGUCCCCUCCUCGAGUGGUCCAGAGGGUGGCAACACAAGAGCGGGGCCUUCUCUGCAGUGGCUCCCUGUUUGUGGGAAUGCUCUCCCCAGGGAAGGUCGCCUUCAUUAUACACCUUUAGGUGCCAGGCAAAAACAUUCCUUUUUAACCAGGCCUUUGGUUGAUCCUAUGCCCUUUUAAAAAGUGUUUUUGUGUGUGUGUCCGGGGCAGCUAUUGACUUCUUGAUUUAAUUUUUAUUAGGUACCGUAUUUUUCGCUCUAUAAGACGCACCAGAACACAAGACGCACCUAGUUUUUGGAGGAGGAAAACAAGAAAAAAAAUAUUCUGAAUCUCAGAAGCCAGAACAGCAAGAGGGAUCGCUGCGCAGCGAAAUCAGCGAUUCCUCUUGCUGUUCUGGCUUCUGGGAUAGCUGCGCAGCCUGCAUUCGCUCCAUAAGACGCACACACAUUUCCCCUUACUUUUUAGGAGGGGAAAAGUGAGUCUUAUAGAGCAAAAAAUACGGUAUUUUGUGGUUUUAUAUCUUGAGUUGAUUCUGUGAACCGCCCUCACACACACACACCAGGUAAAGGGCACUAUAUAAACCAAUAAAUAAUAAAUAAUAACCACCAGUGGCUUUUUUUCCUUUAAAAAAAUGAUUAGGAGGUAUUCUCAUUUUGGCCACCAUUUCAUAGUUCAGGUCGGGGGAAAUAAAUAUAGUAAAUGGGCAAAAGUACAAAGAUUCACAACAUGUUAAGGGGUACCCCUGCGUACCCCCAGAAAAAAAAGCACUGAUAAUAAUAAUUAUGCGCCCUGGCACAAGAGACUUGAGGCGUAAAUAGAGAGGAGCCUCUUUAUUUUUGGACUCCUCUUUGAAACAGAGCCCGGUAGCGAUGGGGGGGGGUUAGCAACGCCCAGAGUUUUUCCGCUUGACCCAAAAGGACCUAACCUUAAUCCGUUUAGGCGCCGUGACAGGGACCACAAACGGCUCCAGCGGUCUGCAACCCUGGCUGGUGGGCCUCGCCGCCGUCCUCGGUUUCCUGGGCGUGAUAUUUGUGGCCUCCCUCAUCAAUCGCUUCUUCUUCUCCAAGGAAAAGUAGGUCUCUCACUUUUUGAAAGUUUCCUUCUUUAACCGAGAGCUGUUUCUCUCUCUCCCCCAAGCCACAACUAUUAUUUCUUCUUCUUCUACUACUACUUCUUCUUCUUCUUCUUCUUCUUCUUCUUCUUCUUCUUCUUCUUCUUCUUCUUCCUCCUCCUCUUCUUCUUCUUCCUCUUCUUCUUCUUCCUCUUCCUCUUCUUCUUCUUGAUCUUCUUCUUCUUCUUCUUCUUCUUCUUCUUCUUCUUCUUCUUCUUCUUCUUCUUCUUCUUCUUCUUCUUCUUCCUCUUCCUCUUUUUCUUCUUCCUCUUCCUCUUCCUCUUUUUCUUCUUGAUCUUCUUCUUCUUCCUCCUCUUCUUCGUCUUCCUCCUCCUCCUCCUCUUCUUCCUCCUCUUCUUCCUCUUCUUCUUCUUCCUCUUCUUCCUCUUCCUCUUCUUCUUCUUCCUCUUCUUCUUCUUCCUCUUCUCUUUCUUCCUCCUCUUCUUCUUCCUCUUCUUCUUCUUCCUCCUUCUUCCUCUUCCUCUUCUUCUUCUCUUCCUCUUCUUCUUCUUUCUUCUCUUCUUCCUCCUCUUCUUCGUCUUCCUCCUCCUCCUCCUCUUCUUCCUCCUCUUCUUCUUCUUCUUCAUCUUCCUCUUCUUCUUCUUCUUCCUCGUCUUCUUCUUCCUUUUUUUCUUCCUCCUCUUCUUCUUCCUCCUCCUCCUCCUCUUCUUCUUCUUUGGCGAUCCCUCGUAGCCGAGUAAAAUUGUCUUCCAUAAACACGGUUUUCACAGUGAGUCCGUAAGUGACUGUGGAGGCCAAUUCUGCAUCCCCACGUCCUUCCACAGUGGGGACAUUGGUUUCCGGGCGGGAGUUAAUCCCAGUGAGGGUUUGCCAAGCGUGCCUUCCUCUUAGCACGUUUCUCCCUUGCGUCCUGAGUUCGAGUGUCUUCAAAGCCCACGACACCUUUGGUCAAGGCUGUUCUCCAACUGGAGCGCUCGCAGGCCAGUGUUUCCUAGUUGUCGGUGUUUAUACUACAUUUUUUUAGAUUUGCCUUGAGAGAGUCUUUGAACCUCUUUUGUUGACCACCAGCAUUACGCUUUCCAUUUUUAAGUUUGGAAUAGAGUAGUUGCUUUGGAAGACGAUAGUCAGGCAUCCGCACAACACAACCAGUCCAACGAAGUUGAUGUUGAAGAAUCAUCGCUUCGAAAACACAAGCGGCGGCCUCACGAUUUCGCCUGGAGGUCUUGCGAGGGUGUUGAGGACAUAGCAGGAAUCCUGCUGGAUCAGGCCCGUCAAGUCUGGGUGGUGGUUAGAAUCACAGAAUUGUAGAAUUGGAAUGGGACCCCAAGAAGCCAUCUAGUCCAACCCCCUCUGCUCCCCUUUCUCCACUGAUGACCUUGCUCUCUUUGCAGGGAUGGCGAAGGGAAGUCGCUGAGCACCGGACUUCGGUAAAUAUGGUGGCUUUUGUGAUGGUGUGCGUUUGUGUGUCUGUGUGUCUAUUUCGUUCCGUUUUAAUUAUUUUGGCCGCAGAUGCGAUGGGCGUUCGGAUUCGCCUGGCACAGCAAUUUUCUGAUCUUAUGCUGCAAGUUCGUUUCUUUAAAACAAAAAAACCCACUUUUAUUUAAAGCAUUCUUCUUCGGCGAUCACUCGUAGCUGAGUAAGAUUGUCUCCCCUAAACAUUUAAAGCAUUAAAACAGCAAAAUCAUAGAUUCUAAAAAAUAAGGUACAAUAAAGAAAGGCGUUUUUUUCUAUUUAUACCUCGUCCAUCCGACUCGGUUUCCCCAGCACUCUGGGAGGCUUCCAACAGAUAUAAAAACAGUGUUUUUUUCCUUUAAAAAAUGUUUAGGGGUACUCUCAUUUUGACUAAGAAAAUCACCAUUUUAUAGUUCAAAUCGGGGAAAAUAAAUACAGUAAAUGGACAAAAGUACAAAGAUUCAGAAAAUGUUUAGGGAUAUGCGUACCCCCAGAAAAAAGCUCUGUAUAAAAGCAUAAUAAAACAUUUUUUAAAAAUUAAAAUCCCUAUACAGGGAUGCCUUCUAAAGGUUGUAUAGUUACUUAUCUCCUCAGCUCUGGAGCUGCAUAACUCCAUCUCUUGCUGAAUGAAAUUAGAAGGAAUCAGGAGCCCUCAUAAAGGACUCUGGCCCUUUCCUUUAUUAUUAAUCAAUCAAUUAAUUAAUUAUACCCUGCCCAUCUGGCCAGGCCUCUCAAGCCACUCUGGGCGGCUCCCAUUAAAAACACGAGAAAACAUCAAACAUCAAAAACUUCUCUAAACAGGGCUGCCUUCAGAUGUCUUCUAAAAGUCAGAUAGUUGUUUAUUUCCUUGACAUCUGAUGGGAGGGUGCCACCACCGAGAAGGCCCUGUGCCUGGUUCCCUGUCACCUCGCUUCUCGCAGGGAGGGAACUGCCAGAAGGCCCUUGGGAGAUAGACCCCAGUGUCCGGGCUGAACGAUGGGGGUGGAGAUGCUCCUUCAGGUCUACUGGCCCCUCUGGGAAAAGGAUGUCGACUCGAGUGGACUCGGGGCCUGAUCCGUCAGGGCUCUUCUCAUGCUUCCCUCUCCAGUGUGGUGUAGUGGUUAAGAGCGGUAGACUCGUAAUAUGGGGAACCGGGUUCGCGUCUCCGCUCCUCCACAUGCAGCUGCUGGGUGACCUUGCGCUAGUCACACUUCUCUGAAGUCUCUCAGCCCCACUCACCUCACAGAGUGUUUGUUGUGGGGGAGGAAGGGAAAGGAGAUUGUUAGCCGCUUUGAGACUCCUUAAAGGUAAAGGGACCCCUGACCAUUAGGUCCAGUCGUGACCGACUCUGGGGUUGCGGCGCUCAUCUCGCUUUAUUGGACGAGGGAGCCGGCGUACAGCUUCCGGGUCAUGUGGCCAGCAGGACUAAGCCGCUUCUGGUGAACCAGAGCAGCUCACGGAAACGCCGUUUACCUUCCUGCCGGAGUGGUACCUAUUUAUCUACUUGCACUUUGAGGUGCUUUUGAGCUGCUAGGUUGGCAGGAGCAGGGACCGAGCAACGAGAGUUCACCCCGUCACGGGGAUUCGAACCGCCGACCUUCUGAUCGGCAAGCCCUGGGCUCUGUGGUUUAACCCACAGCGCCACCCGCUGAGACUCCUUCGGGUAGUGAUAAAGCGGGAUAUCAAAUCCAAACUCCUCUUCUUCUUCGUCUUCUUCUUCCAGCCCAGGCAAUAUUUACGACAACAUCGCCAUGGAUCCCGAAGAGGGGAGCUCUCACGAAAAGGAGAUAGAUAGCGACAAGGUGACCAGCAUGUAAAGUCCGGCUUGGGGGGUGAAGGACGAGGACGGCAGCUGGGUACCAAUGUGACUGGCCGCACGGUGCUGAAUUCCCCCGUUCAGCCCAGCUCCGACAACCUCUCUGAGUCUUGACCACCUCUGCCUCUAGGGAUAAGGAGAUUUCAAUUCAUUCAUCCCCCCAAAUGCAGCCACAGAAAUCUGGACAUGAUUAUAUCCAAGAUUGUGCCAAGGGUCUGUUCCGGCGAGAGUGGGGGGUGUCCCAGGGAGAUGCUCUGACAAUACCAGCCAAGAAGGUGCAAACGGAAGCGGAAACUGCUGGGAUGAGGGCCGAUUCGAACGCAGAACAGCCCUUUAAAACGACUCCAAGGAAAAGCUUCAGAAGCGUCCCUAGAAGCAGUUCUUCUGCGCUGUCUCCCGAACCCUGAUCUUUUAAAAGUAGCAGUUUCCUGUUUUGUGUGAGAGAUGUGGGAAUGCCUGUACAGCGGUCCCUUGGUUCUCAAACUUCAGCCGUCCCGGAAGUCCGUUCCAAAAGCAAACUAAAGACGCACUGCUUUCCCAUAGAAGGGAAUGCAAAACGGAUUAAUCCAUUCCAGGCUUUUUAAAACAGCAAUUUGGCAUGGAUUUUGCUAUCUGACGAGACCGCCGAUCCAUAAAACGAAAGCGAUAAACAAUGUGCUGCAGUCGUGCCAUCGAUCCAUCAGUAGCUGAACCGGGUUCCACACAGUUGCGAAAACAAAACGAAAGAGAGCUGCGAAAACAAAAACGCAAACUACUGUAUUUUUUGUUCUAUAAGACUCACUUUUUCCCUCCUAAAAAGUAAGGGGAAAUGUGUGUGCGUCUUAUGGAGCAAAUGCAGGCUGCGCAGCUAUCCCAGAAGCCAGAACAGCAAGAGGGAUUGCUGCUUUCACUGCACAGCGAUCCCUCUUGCUGUUCUGGCUUCUGGGAUUCAGAAUAUUUUUUUUCUUGUUUUCCUCCUCCAAAAACUAGGUGCGUCUUGUGGUCUGGUGCGUCUUAUAGAGCGAAAAAUACGGUAAAUAGCAAAAACAGACAGACCUCAGCGUAAGGCUCAAAACGGAAGCGUAACUCUCAAAACAGAGCACGUUCGGCUUCCGAAAAAAGUUCGCAAACCGGAACACUUCCUUCCGGGUUUGCAGCGUUCUGGUUCCAAGUUGUUUGAGGACCAAGGCGUUUGAGAACCAAGGGACCACUGUACUCAGAAGAUGGAUUCCUCUAGUUAUCCUUGGGGAAGCCUCUAUUUAGGAGAGACAUCACUUCACGUGAGUGGGGAAUGAUUCUUCUUAUAACCAGAGACAUCCCUCUAGAUAUUAUUUGAGGCAUGCCUCUUUUUAGAAAAGGGAUUCCUUUCUGAUAACGGGGAUUGCCUCUUCUUAGAGCAGGAAUUGGGGGCAGAAUCUGUAUCCAGGCAGAACGUUGUUCCGCUUCCAGUCCCCUGGCCUGCGGUCAGCGAUUGCGGCCGCCGCAGUCCGCAACGGGAAGACCACAUCCCUGAUUUGCAGGAAUCUUUCAUCGCAACCCUAUUCCCUUCCCGCUAACAUUUUCUGACAGAAAACACUGCUCUCGCAAGCAAAAGCUGUUUUUUGGGGUGAUCCAAUUCGCCUUUCCUGCCUCGGCCAAUUCAAGAGGAGUCGUGAUUUUGGGUGGAGGGUGGCUUUUAAAAAUCCGUUAAUCUGUGAAACGGAGUGGCCUCUUUUGCAAGGAUGAACGCUGUGCUUUUCAAUUAAAAACCCCCGACUAAUUA